AUGAGACCGCAACCUCUUUGGCGCUCUCUCGGACGAUUGCAGAGCGCAUACACUUAUUCUUGUCGCAGAGCCAUCCACACUGCCACUUCCACAUCUCAGAUUCCAGACUUUGCAUUCGCAUUUGACAUCGAUGGUGUACUCCUCCGGUCGUCCAAGCCCAUCCCCGGUGCCGCCGAGUCACUAGCAUAUCUCAAGGGCCAAGGAAUUCCGUUCAUCCUCUUGACAAACGGCGGUGGGAAACAUGAAACAGAGCGUGUAGCGGAGAUCAGUGAGAAGCUCAAGGUACCCUUGGACGCCUCGGUCAUCAUCCAAAGCCAUUCUCCUUUUGCAGAGCUUGUGAAAGGGCCUGAUGAGCACAGCUCCUUGGAGAACAAAUGUGUGCUAGUUGUCGGAGGCGAAGGUGAUGGCUGUCGCCGGGUUGCGGAGCAGUAUGGCUUCAAGAAUGUGCUGACCCCUGGCGAUAUUUUCAUGGCCAAUCCGUCCAUUUGGCCGUUCUCCAAAGUUUUCAAAGACUACUAUGAGAAAUUUGCGAGGCCGAUACCGAGCCCGCUGGACCCUCGAGAUCCAACCAAGGGAUUGAAGAUUGAUGCCAUCUUCGUGUUCAAUGACCCCCGCGACUGGGGGUUGGACGCCCAUGUGAUUAUCGACCUUCUACUGUCAUCGCAGGGUGUAUUGGGUACAAUAUCGGACAAGAAUGGGCGGACGGAUCUCCCAAACAAAGGAUUCUUACAAGAUGGCCAGCCACAUCUGUACUUUUCAAAUCCCGAUUUGUGGUGGGCAGCUGCUUAUCAUUUACCGCGUCUGGGCCAGGGAGGUUUUCGCGAGGCCUUGGAAGGCACCUGGGCUGCGAUCACCGGAGGGCCAAGCAAAGGCGUCGAGCUGAAGAAGACGAUCAUCGGGAAGCCGUACCAAGGAACGUAUGAGUUCGCGGAGCGACAACUGCUGCGCAAUCGCACAAGGAUCUUUGGAACUGACGUUACUAAACCAUUACGGAAUGUUUAUAUGGUUGGGGACAACCCAGAGUCCGAUAUUCGAGGCGCAAACAGCUACCGCAGCGGAAAUGGCAGCAACUGGCAUUCAAUUCUCGUGCGCACUGGUGUCUACAGAGGAGGAGAACCCGCUUGGACUMCAAAAGUUAUCGUUGAUGAUGUACAGAAGGCCGUCGAAUGGGGAAUAAAGACUUCUGGGUGGAAAGUCGCCAGAUGA